UGAUAACCUCCGCUGCUAGUCUGCGUGCCAAGAGUCACGCUACAGAAGAGACAUCCGCCUACUUUUAUUGCUGACGUUUCCACAUUGACUGCUACUGCACAAGGACCGAGGCUUGUCAAGGCUUGUACGGAGUAGCCUAAUCGUGUUCUAUUGUAUUGCCCAGCGACCUUAUUACUUGGGUCAAGAUUUCUCACUGGUGAUCUCAGUAGCCUCGCCUCUCUCGCAUUCUUUUCCAUCUGCCAUGGCAGUCGUUCCUUCAACUUUCAUUACAAUCUCACCAUAGUCAUUCGCUUCUCGACAACUUCAGGAUGAAGUUCUGGGCUGCUCUCGCUCUUACUGCGGCCGUUGCGGCUGUCCCGUUCGAAGGCAUUUCUUUGCACAAACGCGCUGGGGCAAGAAGCCAUAUUGGAUAUCGGAUUGUCUCUAAGGCUGAAGCCGACGCCAUCAACGCCAAUGAUGGAAAGGCGGUACAGUCACUCGGGACCUCGGGUAGGCAGUUAGGAACCGGAACCUACAUAUCCCCAGCAUUCCAAGACUUUCCAGAGUACGAUCCUUCCAAGGGAAUACCCUGGGACUGCGUCGUGACCAUGGACGCCGAUACCUGGAGCGGGCUGAAGAAGGCAUGGAUACCGAAGUUCUAUGAGUUCCCCGAAGACAAGGAAAAGAAUCCGGACAAGUGCAAACCGCUCAACCUGUGGACCCCGAGAUGGAAGGCGAACCGAAAGCGAUUCUUGACAAGCUUGGACUCCUCUUUUACAGAGGAGAAUACGGUCCUCUUCUCUAAGGUGUUGGGUCACGAGGAAAAGAUUCAGGCCUUGAUUCCUCCGGCGAUCGUUGAUACUGGAGUGGUCUACAUAUCUCAGUGUGCCGAACGAGAGACAGAGUCUAACACUCAGAUCGGAAGCCUUGGUGGUGUUGAUUGGGACACUGCCAAGAUGGAGGGCUGGAACUUGGGGUCCGAUGCUGUGUAGAUGGCACAAGUAGAGGUGGAAGUCAAUUGUUCUGGGUUCUGGUUGAUGUUUAGUGUCAAAUAUUAGCCUGCGUCGAUGUCGUGUUGAGGAUUACAUUGAGCUCCUACAUCUGUAGCAAGCACUGGUCAUCUUUCUAUAUGAUACUAACCUUGACAUGGGAGAAUGGCUUGAGGCGGUUCGAGCAAUUUUUCCCUCCUUCACGGGCCUAAUUUCCUUCUUCACGACACCCACUCAAGGUUGCUAACAGGCUGCACCAAAAAAUGAAACAAGCUUCAAUGGAGACUCUUGCUUGACCCAAAUGG